UUUGACAAGAUGGCGGAACAACACCACACUGAAUCUCAUUUCCACUGUCCGAUAUGUAAAAACGUUUUCGAACGUCCCAAAGCCAUACCAUGUCUCCACACGUUCUGUCAAGAAUGCCUCGAAAGCCACGUUACCAGGAACGGCAACGGCGGGCGAUUUCCCUGUCCAGUUUGUCGACAGACCAUAUAUGUUCCAUCAGGGGGCGUGUGGAGCUUCCCCGAUAAUUAUCUUAUUCUUCAUCUUCGAGAAGUAACGUCUGUGUCUGAGAGUACUGGAGAGAUGGCAACACUUCCCGUCGACCAACCCCCGACAUACCAGACUCUGUACGGAGACAAGGCAUUCGACUGGGAGAACAGUGACGUGUUUGUUGUCAACAAUCAACACUCGAUGGCAGUAUUUACCAACAAAUUCGCUGGGCACGGCACCGGUCAAGGGGAUUUUACGCACGUUUCAGGACUCGCCGUGAAUCCGUUGAACGACAACAUCAUCGUCACCGAUUGCAGCUUGAAUAAGGUUGCAAUAUUCAGCGUCAGGGGCGAUUUCCUGUCAAGUUUCUAUACUGACUGCUCUAUUCGGGACGUGUGUGUGACAAGUUUUAACACUGUGCUGUUAUCAGUGAGUCGUUCUGGGGCGGCUUUACUUCGGGAGUAUGCUAUGGAUGGUCACCUAAUAGCAGCAUUUGGGAGUUUCUACAAGUACGAUAAUCCAUGUGGAAUUUCACUGGACAACACUCAGAAGGUUGUAGUGACCAGCCUUGAAAAGAACACAGUGCAUGUGUUGACCGAUCAAAAGAAGCCAUGCACCAACUUCGGCUCCAAAGGUUCCGGCCACAAUCAUUUCAUUCAACCAUCGUAUGUCACAGUUAACAACAGAAAUGAAAUUGUUGUGUCUGACACUGGCAACCACAGAAUCAAGAUUCAUGAAAUGAAUGGUCAGUUUAUUCGUCAGAUGGGGUCACAGGGCCAUGUGUACGGACAGUUGUUCUAUCCCAUGGGGCUCUGUGUUGACCAAUGUGACAACAUCUAUGUCGCAGAUGCCAACAACUACAGAGUUCAAGUCUUCACAGCGGAGGGUGAUUUUCUCGCAUGUCCGGUUCGUCGCACUUUUGAAGUUGGAGUUGAUGUGAAACCAACCAAUGUGGUCAUCUCACGAAAUCGACUUGUGGUUGCAUUGAGAGGCUCCAGGCAGUCAGAGGUUCGCUUGUAUAAGUGGGAUGUUCCUCUACUCAAUGUGAAACCGUCUAGCUACCAGUUGGGAUCUGCAUGUUGUCUUAUCACAUGCUGUGUUAAGUCUGAUUAUGAAGAAAUAUGAGGACCAAUUUGCAACUUAAAUUGCAGAAUCCAUUGAAGUAUUUGUUGAAAUGUUUUGUUGCCAAAUUAAGAUAUUUUAUGACUGCUUAGCUGUGGAUUUAAUGCCAAAAUAUUGUACUUGCUCCUGAAUUACGAUUCUAGGACAUAGUUCACUUGUAUUAGUUAGCAAUGGUUAGCUUGUUUGGAAAACUGGACUUUUCCUGGGAAAUUAGAUAGUGAUAAUAGGUGAGGGAACACAGUUAGAAGGUAAAGGAUACAGAGUUACACACAGGUAGCAUGGUUAAGCUUUCUAUUGUCUAUAGCAUGUAUAGAGUGGUGCUUUUAACAACUGGUCUGAAAUGAAUGGUAUACAAGAUGAGUUUAGCUCACUGUUUCUGUGUAUGCAGCACAUACACUAUCGUGUAAACAUAGCUGGUCAUUGCUAGUAAAUGAUGUACAAGGACAAUAUGUUGUAAAAAUGCUAUUGGUCACCGGUUGUUUAGCAUGUUUAUUGACAAUAAUUUGCAAAUUAUUAUGUACUCAACAUUGUGAACAUCUGAAAAUUGAGUGAAGAGAUGAAAAACUGUAUGUGGAGAAAUAUAAAUUUGGCAUAUGGAACAGAUUACUGUACAUGUAGAAGUUCCGUUUGACAUUUGUAAUAAUGUAAUUGCUAAUGUUCCUGUGCUACAUGCAAAACCCUCUGUAAACUAGCUUAAAGCAAAGUGUUUGAUUAACUGAUUAUGAUUAUUUUUUUCUCAACUGUAUUAUUUCUUUUGAACAAUAUGACAUGUGUAAGUUGUGAGGUGCAAUGCAGUACAGCAUGUACAAACAGGGAUUUGUCUGCAUAAUGUCUGCCAUCUUCCUGAGGCAAGGGAGUUAACUGACUAUAAAAGUCCAGUUUCCACCCUUGCCAAACUAGACUGGAAUUAUGGAGUUAUAUAUUCGCUGGACUAACGAGUAUGUGCAUAGUCUAAUCAAAUCGCGUAACAAAAUAGGCAUCCAGUUCUAAAACUGCCAUGCAGAUUUCGGUCGAUUGUAGGAUUUGCUAAGCAUGUGUACUGUAUCUGUCAACAGAUAUUUUCCAAAUCUUUUCAUGUUUGUAAACAAGGUACUAACAUUAUUUGAUGCACUAUGCGAAGUAAGACCCGUUUUUUUACAGUAUAGAUCUUGAUUAUCGAUCAGAUCGUCUUGACUGGUCGACACCAUUUUAUUUGAAGCAGAUGCAAGUGAUAUGAGAGGUGGAAUCUGAUUGGUCAA